UUGCAAUAUUGAGUCAAUCAUCACAGCUGCAUUCUCCCGCACACACUAUGCAGUCUAAGUAAUAUUCCAUAACCAGAAGCGAUUCGCACCAGCACAGCUGCGGGCAAUACUCUUCUGUUCCCAUUUCUGAGAUGCAUGCUGUGAUGGCGAAACGUCUUCUCCCCCAUGAACCCUCGUUCGAGGGGCCUGGUCCCGAUGAGCUCGACAGCCCAGCCAUAGAGGCGGCGGCCCUAGACAUUCCGUCGCAAGUAACAGAUAGGACACUUCAAAAAGGUUUCUGGGAGCGCCCCACAUCGUCCACCACGUAUGAGCCACCCAGCGAAGGAACUGUGCUGCGGUUUGACAUUCUGCUCGCCCACAUCAUGCCCCCAGACGGGGAGGAUGUGAAAAUCAAGCGUUAUGUGGUCUACGAGGUCACCGUGCGCCAAGACGGCACCGAAGAAGACGCCCAGCCAGCAAAGAUCGAGCGUCGCUAUACGGAUUUUCGUGAGCUGUAUCUUUGCCUGAAGCGCCAGCACCCCGCUGAGAUGGCGAACAUGUACUUCCCCAACAAAGUGCUCAUGGGCAACUUCAAGUCCGAGUUGAUUGGUGAACGCAGCGCUGCCUUUGAGCAGUUCCUUACGUUCGUGGCCAGCCACUCCAAACUGCGCGAUUCGGACGACUUUCUGCACUUUCUGCAGAACGACGAGCUGUCCCGUGCAUGCCAGUUCUUGGACGAGCGUCGCCACGAGAACGCCAUUCCCAUACUCGAGAACUGUUUUCGUCUGCUGAACAAGAUCUACAUGAAUCGCGCACGCCCAGUACUUCUGAUACUCUGCCGCCUGGUGGCAGCCUGCACGUCUUCUCCAGUGCCCCACCACUCCGCCGAGCGCUGGGCUCUAUUGGCCCUGGGUCGCUUUGAGACUGUAAGCGAUAUUGAUCUACUGCCGCUCUAUAUUCCCCUGCUCCACACCUGUGCUCAUCUGUGGUGGCAGCGCGGGCAGGACCAAAAACCCAUCACCGACCGGCUAACGGACAUGUCCAAGCAGGGCAUCAACACGGCUCAAACCGCCAGCCUCAUGCAGGCUAUACACAAGAUCGAUCCGCGAACCGAAACCAUUUAAAUCUCCACUAGAUUAUGCCCAAAUUAUGAUCGGCAUUCCGUAGCGUAUCUGCUAAGCGAAAAGUGCAAUUAGGCAACUUGUGCAAAUAGUGUUAAGCGUAAAAUGAUUCGCUAAAACGUAGUUUUCGCACGUCAAUGUCUUAUAUACGUACAUACAUAUGUAUUUGUGCAUCCAUCUUUGUUGUUUUGUCCCAAGAGGAGUUGUGUGAGCUUCAAGUCCGUUUAACCACUAGAUCGGAAUUGUAAUGGCGUCCAAAUGUUGGUGACCCGUAGAAGGAGACAUUUCCAGUCUGGUGGCCUCGUAUCAGAAUAUCGCGUUCGUAUCACCUCAUACGAACGAUUACAAUAUCAUAUCUAUGUAUGUCAUUUAACGCACAGCUCCCAUAAUUAUUUAUUUGUUUGUGCCGUUGGCCUAGCCUUAAUGAAUUGUGAAUAAAUACCAUACUCAACCGUUUUGUCAUUGAA